AACCUGAGCACAGAGCGUCCUAGCUCUUCAACAGGGAGUCAACCAAACUCCAACUUUCUCUGGGCAGUCAGCGUUCAGCACUCGGCCACGACGGACAGCAGAACGACGGGAGCAAACAUCUGGAUCGCAGAGAAAUUGCUCGCACGCAAAAGAUCAGUGGGCCGUUAUGAGUAGCCCGUGGUGACACGAUAUUCGUGGGCACGUUUUAGGAGGCAUCGGAUUUCCGUGCAACACACAGGCUCACUGCGAGGCAGCGGCGUGCGCGGUUUCUAUUUUUAGAAACGCGGGAGAGGAAUCAAUCAAACUGCGACUUAAAGCGGUGUUUUUGUGACAAUCGGCCGCUUUUUGCUGCUGCAAUCUUCCGAUGCGCGCGUCUGCGUCACCGGGAACUGCAUGUCACGGCUUUUUAUCAGCCUGGUUUCUGAUGCCAAACGGUGCCUUUUUUCUCCAAUGCCGCCCAGGAAUGCGCACCGCUGGACCUCAAACUUUUGCGUGAUGGAAUCCGCUGCGCUCGACGGUGACAGCGGCCGCAUUUCUUCCGGCACCUCGUGCACUUUCGCAUCUUAUCCCAGGUGUUAGAAUUACCAAAGAACACUGCAGUUUGGGACGUGAAUGGCAAGUGCUGUUGAACGACACAGAACCGAGGAGGAAAUCGCCGGGGCGCAUAUAACGCGUACUUUCUAUUAAGUUCCAGCGCGUCCUUCUCUCCGGCUCCCAUGGGAAUCAAACACUCGUCCCGCUGCAUGCUGCUCAGGAGAAAAAUGGCGGAGUCAGAGAGCACUGAGCAGCCACCGCCUCGGCCCGUCCGCGUAAUUCCAUCCCAGUCGGCGCAGCCCACCUCGCUGCCCAAGCCGGUGCCUUCCAUCCAGCAGGCCUCGCGGUCUCCUCUGCCUCCACACACGCCGCACGCUGCCAGUCUUUCUAGUUGUGCCGGGCGGGGGAAGACGUCUAAGUUCCUCAGCCCAGAGGACAUGACCUCGCGAGACUACUACUUUGACUCUUAUGCCCACUUUGGUAUACAUGAGGAGAUGCUGAAGGACGAAGUGAGGACGCUCACCUACAGGAACUCCAUGUAUCACAACAAGCACGCCUUCAAGGACAAAAUCGUGCUGGACGUCGGCAGCGGGACGGGGAUUCUGUCCAUGUUCGCGGCCAAGGCGGGGGCGAAGCACGUGUACGGGAUUGAAUGUUCCAGUAUAUCCGAGUACUCAGAGAGGAUCAUCAAGUCCAAUCACCUGGACAGUGUGAUCACCAUCUUCAAAGGCAAGGUGGAGGAGGUGGAGCUUCCUGUUGACAAGGUGGACAUCAUAAUAUCUGAGUGGAUGGGCUACUGCCUCUUCUACGAAUCCAUGCUGAACACCGUCAUCUUUGCCAGAGACAAGUGGCUGAAACCCGGUGGAUUAAUGUUCCCUGAUCGGGCCUCUCUGUACGUGGUGGCCAUUGAGGACAGGCAGUACAAAGACUUCAAAAUACAUUGGUGGGAGAACGUGUAUGGCUUUGACAUGACCUGCAUCCGUAAUGUGGCCAUGAGGGAGCCGCUGGUGGACGUGGUGAAUGCCAAGCAGGUUGUGACAAACUCCUGCCUCAUCAAGGAGGUGGACAUCUACACAGUGAAGACUGAAGACCUCUCUUUUACCUCCGCAUUCUGCCUGCAGAUCCAGAGGAACGACUACGUCCACGCUCUGGUCACCUACUUUAACAUUGAGUUCACCAAGUGUCACAAGAAGACUGGUUUCUCCACCGCACCAGAUGCUCAAUACACGCACUGGAAGCAGACGGUGUUUUACCUGGAGGACUAUCUGACGGUGCGGAGAGGAGAGGAGAUCGUCGGCACCAUUGACAUGAAGCCCAAUGAGAAAAACAUUGUGAGUACGGUUCAGUGUGAUGCUCCUCAUGCGUAGUGUGCGCUGUGGAAUCACAACAACAAA